AUGGCCGCCGGGAGGAAGGUGAUGGUGAGCAACGCCGGCGUCGCCGCCGCCGCGCUGGUGGCGCUGCUCGUGGUGGCGGCAGCGUCGGGCGCGGCCGGCAAACUGUGCGGCAUCAACCCGUCAAGCUUGGCGGACGAGUGCCGGUCGUACUGCAGGUGGGGCAGCACGGACAGCGCGCCCAGCGGCCAGUGCUGCUCCGCGCUCAAGGGCGCCCAGUUCUCGUGCCUCUGCCGGUACAAGACCGCGCUGCCGUCGGACAUCGACCCCAAGCGCGCCAUGGAGAUCCCGUCCAAGUGCGACGCCGGGGCGCCCACCUCCUGCAAGUGAUCGAGCUCACUUGCUUCGCGCGCGCUCAUCGCAUGAUCCGGCGGUGCUCGAGGGCCGGCCGGAUGAAUAACUAAUGUUAUCACGUCGUGUUUAAUUUGCUGUUGAUUAAUUUCCCACUCGUUGUACUACUACUUUCUGAUCGGUUGGCUCAUUCGGUCGU